AUGUUGCCACCAGACAUGGAAGCUGAUAGGACUGCGGUGGACAGAGAGCUGGACACAGAGGACGAUGUGGAUACAGGACAGGAGCAAAGACCAGUAAAGCAGUCUCUAAGCUCAUCUAUGUGUCGUGAGACACACUGGCGCUGCCUCCUACUGUCCUUGCUCAUGUAUUGCUGCCUGGGUGCUGUGGCCUGGUGCCAGUUUACUCGUGUCACCAAGCUGAGCUUUGGUUCAUCCUCCUCUUUAACUGCCUCUAUAGACUCACUGCAAGGUGGAGGAGCUCAUUCCAUGAUCUACCAUGACAGUCCAUGCUCUAAUGGCUAUGUGUACAUCCCUCUUGCCUUUCUACUUAUGCUCUAUGCGGUCUACCUGAUGGAGUGCUGGUACUGCCGUGUCCGCAGUGAGCUACAGUACAAGGCCAAUGUGGACAGCGUCUAUGAAAGAGUGCUGCGCAUGCGCCAGGCUCGCCCGUCCGUGUGGUGGAAGGCCAUUAGCUACCACUUUGUACGGAAGACGAGGCAAGUCACACGCUAUCGCAAUGGAGAUGCCUAUACCACAACGCAGGUCUACCACGAGAGGGUCAACACACAUGUGGUGGAAGGAGAGUUUGAUUACAGCCACUAUGGAAUUAAGGAUGUUUCACGGAACUUGUGUGGCUUGGAGGGUCACAUGGCUACAAGGUUACGCUUUACCAAGUGCUUCAGCUUUGCAGGAUCAGGACCUGAGAAUGACUAUCUUAACCAACGAGCCCGGUUUUUCUCAGAGAUCGAGGGCUUGGAUGACUACAUGGAGGCAAGGGAAGGCAUGAAGCUUAAGAAUAUUGAUUUUAGAGAGCAUCUUAUAGCUUAUGUGGAUCCUGACCGGCUACCUUGGUACUCAUCACACAUUGCAUUCUGGUUGGCUGCUUUUCUCAUGCUAUCCUGGCCAUUGCGGGUUUGGAUAGAGUAUCGUACAGCCUACGUGCACUACCAGGUAGAAAAGCUCUUUGGGCUGGAGUACAGUAGCAGCAGCAGUCCAUCUCCAGAGGAAGUUGCUUCUGGGAGAAAUAGCCGGUGCAGUAUCCCAAGAGGAGAGACAAUAGACAGCACAGAGCUGGAAUGGCACAUUCGCUCAAACCACCAGCUUAUUCCCAGCUACUCUGAAGCCAUGCUAAUGAACCUGGGGAAUACCAGAGCAGGCCAAAAUAACAGCAGGUCCUCCAACUGUUUACUCUUAGAUGCCUGCCAAAGCCAGAGCUAUGGCACUGUUGCACAGGACUGUGAUCGCUGCUGUCAGAUUGAAAGAACAAGGGAGGCCACCCUCAGUUCCAGCUGUUCUUCUAUCUUCUCCCGGCACACUUUACAAUCAUGUGUGUCGCUGGACACAUCACGGUUCUCACUGUGUCGCAUGUAUGGGUCAAGGCACACAGUGGGAUUAUGGAGGAGCCACAGCAGCACAUUGACCGAGCGUUGCUGCCCAGAUGAGCAUUGCUGCAGAUCAUAUUCCAGCCAGCUGUCCCUCAACAAUAGCCCACCCAACUACCAGGAUGCCCGGUUCUUCCCUGUGCUUAUUGUGCACAGGUCAGAGGGCUGUGCGGAACCAGCUGAGGUGAGGAGAUACUCGGUCUGGAGGGGUUCCAGCUGUUUGGAGACUUCACUUUAA